UUUGUUUUUAGUUUUUUUAAAAUUCAUUCUGUUUUUAAUUUUUUAAUUUUUAAUUCAUUGUGUUUUUUAUUUUACAGAUGCAGGCCAUCCGGAGGAAGCGGGAAUACCUCAGGGCAGCCAAUGCGUGGCUGCGCUGGGAGGACGUGGAGGGUGAAACCCUGGAAGGCGAAAAUGUUUUCGCCAUCCAGGAUCUCCAUAACCGGGCCGCCAAAUGGUUGGCGGAUUCCGAGGACGAGACCUACAUGCGCGGAGCUCGCUGGGAGGGAGGUGUCGGACCGGACACCCCAAGAGCCCACUGGAUCCGCGCUCUGAGGCGCGAGGCGCGGGAGCUGGAGGCCGAGGGUGAGCAGGCGCUCACCCUGUACGACGUGGAGGAUACCUGGGCGCUCAGGGUCCUCUUCGGUGACGAGCCCGCCCAGCCCGACCUGACCCAGGAGAAUUGGGACCUGGAGCAGUGGGACUGAGGCCACUGCCCCCCCCCCCAAUAAUAAAUUAA